AUGCUACCUAGAUGGUCCAUUCCAGUGAAUAGCCUGUGCCGCGGAAGGUCUCGCUCUGCGCAUCCGACAUGGCGAUGGACAGGACUCAUAUUAUUGUGUUUCGCAUUUGUUGCUGGCUCGUACAUCUUCUUCCACCUGGCUCGACUCUCUCGCGGUUAUUAUGGCCCCUCGGCACUGCCUUCUAUCACUCAUGACAUCGCCGAGAGCAUAUCGCCGGGGCAGCAAAGACUAGUCAUCAUUCUACCGGUCGACAGCCCCAGCACCAACCUCUGCAAACUCAUCUCCAGCGCCGUAGCCCUGGGCUAUCCAGCACCCGUCCUCGUCAACUGGCACAGAGAUUACCACCAGGAUGUGAAUGGCGUCGGUCCUUCGCAACUGGGAAAGAUCACGGGCGUACUCGAGUACCUUCAAUGGGCUACUGGGCAAGAGGCGAGUGAGGCUGGAAGACUAGCAGAGAACGAUCUGGUGCUUAUGCUCGAUGCGCACGACGUCUGGAUGCAGCUUCCUCCCGAAAUCCUCAUAUCUCGGUACUACAGCAGCAACGCACGAGCGAACAGGCGGCUGGCCGAGGAAUACCGACUACAAAACCCUGACGUGGUACGACAAACCAUCAUCACUGCCGCCCAAAAGGGCUGCGUUGCGCCACGAGACACCAUAUCUGAUAUGCACUGCAACGACGUGCCAGAAAGUACCCUACCAGCAGACGUGUUUGGCUUCUUCACAGACUAUACUUUUGGACGGUGGAGAUACAUGCGACCACGCUUCUUGAACAGCGGUAGCUUCAUGGGUCCUGCAGGCGAUAUGCUGAGGUACCUCGAGCGCGUAAAAGAGAAGAUGGAUCAAGACAUUCAAAAAAUGACAUCCCCAGACGAUCUCGGUGGUGAUCAAGGCAUUUUCGCCGAAGUGUUUGGCGAGCAAGAGGUCGUGCGUAAACGUCUUCUAACCCGAGACGGCGGAAGGACUGAAGCACGCGAAGAUCCAGCAACCGCUGCCAUCGAGCGCUUCGACUUCCACAUCGGCCUCGACUAUGAACAAGAACUCUUCUACCCGACAUGCUACUCCGAGAACGGCGGAGCAUUCGUCCGCGUACACAAUCUUUCGGAGCUUAGCGAAGAAUCAUCCCUGGCGGGCGUGUCGCCACCUCGUCUUCAAGAUCUUCCGAUGAAUAUCGCUACAUCAGCUCGACCUCUUGAAAAUCUGGGAGACAAAGAUCGCAAAGGCUGGGGUGAAGUACCGCUCUAUGCUGACCUCUGGACAACAUCGAUACCGGCCGUGCUUCAUCACAAUGCAUGGCGACAUGGGGAAAAAGAACGCCGCGUGACGUGGUGGCACAGGACGUGGGCCGCUUUCCCACUAUGA